UUCCUAGCGUCUCCAGAGCUGAUGGUGACUCCUGUUGCGCUGCCGAUCUUUCGUCUUCUUUGUCGCGCGAAACCAGUAACCGAUCAAUCAUCUUUAAGCCUCCCAUUAAUCAAUCACCCACGAUCUAGAUUCAAUGCGAGAUCUUUGUUGUGCAAGGCGGUGGAGUCAACUAUAAGAAGACCGGCCGUUCCUCCUCCACCGUUGAAGUUCCCUUGCUCCGCUUUUGGGAGGCCAAAAACGUCCGUCGUGGUGGAGAAUUCAUGGGCGUCGACAUGCUCUUACUUGAUUCUCAGAUGAUGUUGAACUAGCCGGUCAGUUUAGCAGCGGAUUGUCAAGCCUCAAACAAUUAUUAAGGCUAAUGAGGUAAUGACAUGAUAAUAGAUUUUUUCAGCUUUACGAAGGCUGAUUAAAAUUCAAUUUCAUUACAUAUUCUCAUAUCAUUGUUUUCAUUAGGAAGUGAUCAUAUAUGUGUAUUCAACUUACCCAAUUCUUCUUUUUGUUUCCGUUAAUUAGAUUAUCUUUUAUUCAGCUGAGACAUGUGUUUCACGAAAAU